AUGAAGAUGCUAACAAAAUUUGAGUCGAAGUCGUCGAGAGCCAAAGGAGUGGCAUUUCAUCCGAGGCGUCCUUGGGUCUUGGUGUCGCUUAGCUCCUCGACGAUUCAGCUUUGGGACUAUAGAAUGGGUACAUUAAUUGAUAGGUUCGAGGAUCAUGAUGGUCCUGUUAGAUGUGUUGACUUUCAUCCUACACAACCAUUGUUCGUCUCAGGAUGUGACGAUUGUUCAAUAAAAGUUUGGUCUUUAAAUACUAGAAAGUGCAUCUUUACGUUGAAUGGGCACUUAGAUUAUAUUCGUACCGUUUUUUUUCACCGUGAUUUACCGUGGAUAAUUUCCGCUUCUGAUGAUCAAACAAUUAGAAUUUGGAACUGGCAAAACCGUCAAGAGAUUGCAUGCCUCACUGGACAUAAUCAUUAUGUUAUGUCGGCAAUGUUUCAUCCUACGGAAGACUUGAUAGUUUCUGCUUCUCUUGAUCAAACUGUAAGAGUUUGGGAUAUUUCAGGAUUGAGGAAAAAACAUUCGGCCCCAACAACUAGGUCGUUUGAAGACCAGCUACAAAGACAACAAUUACCUCAGCAAGAUAUUUUUGGCAAUGUAAAUGCAAUAGUGAAAUACGUUUUGGAAGGUCAUGAUAAAGGAGUCAACUGGGCUGCCUUUCACCCAACCUUGCCAUUAAUUGUGUCUUCAGGUGAUGAUAGGUUAGUUAAACUAUGGAGAAUGAGCGACACUAAAGCCUGGGAAGUAGAUACCUGCAGAGGACAUACUGGUAAUGUUUUAUGCGCCAUUUUCCAUCCACACCAGGAUUUGAUACUUUCUGUUUCAGAUGAUAAAACAAUAAGAGUAUGGGAUUUGAAUAAGCGAACCCCUGUGAAGCAAUUCAGACGUGAACAUGACAGGUUUUGGCUCAUUUGUUCACAUCCACAUAUCAACUUGUUUGCAACAUGUCACGAUUCUGGAGUAAUGGUCUUUAAGUUGGAAAGAGAAAGACCUGCCCAUACCAUUUUUCAGAAUAAGUUAUUUUAUGUCAAUGCUGAAAAACAAGUCCAAAGUUAUGAUUUUCAAACUAAUGAAGAGUCAUUGCCAAUGUUGUCGUUGAAAAAAAUUGGGAAGACAUGGUCUUUUAUGAGAACAUUAUCGUAUAAUCAAUCUGACAACUCUAUUUUGGUCACUCAUGGUGAAAACGAUAACAGCAUGUACGCAUUGAUUACUUUACCAAAGCAUAUCACAGGAGCCAUCGAACCGACUGAUGUAAGACAAGGUGAGGGGUUCUUUGCUUGCUUCAUUUCCCGUAACAGGUUUGUCACAUUUAUUAAAUCUUCGAAAACUUUGCACGUUAAGGAUUUGAAUAAUAAUGCGACAAAAUCCAUACAAUUAGAUUCUUCGGUUAUCAAUGUCUUGUAUGGAGGACCUGGACGUGUUCUUUUGGUGAAGAGCCAUUCAGUCAUUAACUAUGACGUCCAACAAAGAAAAGAGUUAUCAGAAAUUAAUGUUAACAACGUUAAAUAUGUUUCUUGGUCAAAUGAUGGUAAAUAUUUGGCGUUGCUUUCCAAGCAUACGAUCACGAUUGCAAAUAAGGAUUUGGAAUUAAUAACGUCAAUGCAUGAAACUAUCCGAAUUAAGAGUGCUGCGUGGGAUGAUACUGGAGUUUUAUUGUAUUCCACUUUGAAUCACAUUAAGUAUACCUUAUUAAAUGGUGAUAAUGGAAUCAUCAAAACUUUGGAGAAUACUCUUUACAUCACCAAGGUUUCUCAAAAACAUGUGUAUUGUUUGGAUCGUGAAGGCAAGGUCGAGGUAGUCGGCAUUGAUCCGACAGAAUAUAGAUUUAAAAAAUCGUUGGUGAAUAAGAACUUUAACGAAGUCUUAAGAAUAAUUAAAAAUUCAAAUUUAGUCGGACAAAACAUUAUUGCUUAUUUACAGAAGAAAGGAUACCCGGAGGUUGCCUUGCAAUUUGUUCAAGAUCCAGAAACUAGAUUCGAAUUGGCCUUGGAAUGUGGAAACCUACAAGUCGCUUUGGAGCAGGCUAAAGUACUUAAUAACCAUAGUAUCUGGUCUAAACUUGGAGAGGGUGCUUUAAACCAAGGUAAUCUUGAUAUUGUGGAGUUUGUGUACCAGCAGUUGCACUUGUUCGAUAAGUUAUCAUUCCUUUAUUUAUACAAAGGCGAUAAGGAUAGGUUGUCAAAAAUGGCUACUAUUGCAGAGAAUCGUGGCGAUUUCUCUUCAUUGAUUCAAAAUACUCUUUAUAGUAAUGAUGUGGAAAAGAGAUGUCAAACUUUUCUUCAAUCUGGUAUGUUUCCCUUAGCAUACACUCUCGCAAAAUCCAAUGGUAUGAGUGAUCUUGCUGCUAAGAUUUUAGGGGAAGCAGGAAUAGACGAGGCUGAAGUUGAAUUGCCCGAAAUUGGUAGUCCUCUUAGCGUGCCCAUCCCAUCCUCAAAUCUAGUUGCGAACUGGCCCUUAAAAGAUUCUUCAUUGUCAUUCUUUGAAAAGGCAAUGAUAUCAGGUCCAUCAGAAUCUAUUCCGACAGAAGAGGUGAAUGAUAUCGAACACACUGAAGAUUCGGCUUCUCAAUUAGCUUUCAACGAGAAUGAAGUUUUAGUAGAAGAUGUGGAUGAUGAUGAAGAAGAAGACGGAGCAUGGGAUAUGGAAGAUGAAUUAGAUAUAGGCGAUGAAGAUGCUGACGAUCUUGUUGAUAUUGAGUCACCAACGCUCGUUCAAGCUGACGGUGAAAUUAACCACUGGUUGCGUAAUGCUAAGACACCAGCAGGGUAUGUCGCAGCUGGCGCCUUCGAGCAAGCAGCUUCUUUAUUGAAUAAGCAGCUAGGAGUUAUAAAUUUUGAACCUUUGCGGGCUCGCUUUAUGGAAGUUUAUCAGUCCUCGAAAUUAUAUCUUCCAGGUAUCGUAGGACUUCCGGCUAUGAAGGAUUUUAUACGAGCCGACAAUGAUGAAGAUGAUCCAAAUAAAUUCAAGCCAUACAUUCCCGGAUUUGAGUCCUUAGAGGAUACUUUGUCCAUCGGAUUCAGGCAAUUUAAAGCCAAUAACUUGGAAGCGGCCAUUGAAACGUUCAGAUCUAUUAUAUAUACUAUAACAGUCCUCACUGUUGAAGAUGAAGACCAGGUGGACAAAUGUGAGGAGACUCUAUCGCUUUGUCGUGAAUAUAUCUUGGGAUUGUCCAUAGAAUUGGCAAGAAGAGCAUUAAAUCCUUCUCAAGUGAAACGAAAUUUAGAGCUUGCAGCAUAUUUCACUAGAACACAUCUCCAAAAUCCUCAUAAGGUGAACGCUUUACAAGUUGCUAUGACACAGUCUUUCAAAUGUAAAAACUAUGCUAGCGCUGCAUAUUUCGCCGGUGAACUUUUAAAGAUUGUGGCUGCUGGAACUAGAUCUGCAGAACAAGCUCAAAAGUUAAAAGCAAAAGCAGAUUCUGUAUCCAGUGAUGCUGUGGAAAUCGAUUUUGAUCCUUUUGCGGAGUUCGACAUUUGUGCUUCUACUUACACUCCGAUUUAUGAAGGCUCCCCCUAUGUAUCUGAAAAACUCGUUGGUGCCAAAUAUUUACCAGAAGAAAAGGGUAAGCUAUGUAAAAUUACUGGUAUAACUCAGAUUGGUGCCCCUGCUUCUGGAUUACGUAUUAAGGAUUAA